UCCUAUUUCAAAAAGGCUUAUUUUAUAUAUUUUACUAUUUUUGAUGUAAUAAUUUCAGAGUACCUUGACUGCAACAGAACGGAACCACGUACUGAUCGUUGUACUCUUUUAUUCCAGCAGGUGAUACGGGUAAACCAGGUGUGCCAUUCAGUUCUGUCAACACACCCAAACCGGAAAAAAAAAGCAACUCCAAUGCGCUACCCUCAGGGCGCAGUCGGGCCAAGGUGCGCCGUCCCACCUCCUUCCCAUCUGUCCCUCCCCCUCGGCUGCCUACAAGCUUGUGCCUGACGCGACUGCCUUCGUCCCCCUUCGUCGCGAUGGCUGGCCCCCAGCCGUUCAAAUCGGCCCUGUCCAUCGCCGCCGAGGACGACACCUCUCUGGCCCUGCCCUCGGCCCAUCAGCGGCACCGCUCCGGAGAGCAGCGCGUCCUGGAGCAGGUGCAGAGCCUCCAGAGGACCAGGUCCAGGCACUCCAGCAGCACCAGGACCGGCUCGACGUCUUUGUCUCCCACCAGCCCUUUGAAUGACGUAGUUUACGAGUCUGGCGUCUCUGAUGGAAGCGUCUUCUUUGGAAAUGGUUACGCAAAAACUCUCCCUCUCCAGAAAAGCAUCACCAAUAAGUCCUUCACCAGCACGGCCAGCGCCACGGCCAAGACCACCACUACCGCCGCCGCCGCCGGCCGUCGCUACGAGUUCGGCUACGUCCCCGUCGGCUGGGCGGCCCCCAGCCACUCCCUGACCGCGCGCCGCGAGCCUCCGCAGAGGCUCCUCUCCAACCGCAGCACCCACAGGACUGCGAUGCUCAGCAGCAGCAGCACCAGCAAUCACUUCACUGGCAAUACUCAAAACUUUGACAUCAGUAAAACGCAGUCCAAGACUUUGGCUGUGGACAGUAAUACCAAGCAAAGCAAGCUGCCCGGCAAAGGGGAUUCUGGGUCAAGCGGGAAUAGCGCAUUGGGUGACAUCACGAUGAAGGAGGCUGUGGAGUUCCUGUCCAGCGAGGAUGUCAAAUUUCAACACUGCGGAGCCUCCUACAUCCAGCACAGGACCUUCAGUGACGACAAGGCCAAGGAAGAGGUGCUGAAGUGCAACGGGAUCGCCCCGCUGGUGGCGCUGCUGCAGAGCCCCAACGCCGCCCUCAGCCAGACGGCCUCGGCCGCCCUACGCAACCUCUCCUACAAGAACAACGCCAACAAGGAGGAGAUCCAGCGCUGCGGCGGCAUCGCGUCUACCGUGGCGCUGCUCCGAGAAACCGACUCCGCCGAGAUCCAGAAGCAGCUCACAGGUCUUCUGUGGAACUUGUCGUCCGACAACAGCCUGAAGACGGACCUGCUGAAGAGCUCGCUGGCCGUCCUGAUGGAACACGUCGUCCUGCCCUACACCACCAGCCCGGACCGGGGCGCGGCCAGCGGGCCGGAUCACGAGUCCUUCUUUCACGCCACCGGCUGUCUGCGAAACCUCAGCAGCGCAAAGCACAACAACCGGCAGACCAUGAGGAAAUGUCGAGGUUUGGUGGACUCUUUGGUCGCGUACCUUCAAGACUGCGUGGAUGGUGGAAGGACUGAUGAUAAGUGUGCGGAGAACUGUGUGUGCAUCCUGCACAACCUCACCUUUGAGCUGGAGGCCGAGGCCCCGGCGUUGUUCAACCGCAUCACGGCACUGGCCAAGCCCGUCAGCCCAGCGGACAGCCAGGACGAUGCCCGGCCCAUCGGAUGCUUCAGCCCGCCCAGCAAAGGCUCCGACAGCAAGCACUCCUUCGACUUCCCGGUGGCGGAGGACCCCAACCCCACUGGGGCUGGCUGGCUGAUCCACUCCAAAACCCUUCAGAACUAUUUGUCCUUACUGGACUCUAGUCAUCGGGAGGAAACCCAGGAGGCCUGCUGCGGAGCUCUGCAGAACCUCACCGCACAGGAUGGCAUCGUGUCCAACGUCAUGAGCCAGACGGUGGUCCAGAAGCUCGACGGCCUGCAGGUCAUCGCUCCGCUUUUGAAGUCAAACAAAGUCACCCUGCAGAGGAACGCGAUGGCCUUGCUACGGAACUUCAGCAAGAACCCCAACCUGCAGGGCAUCUUGGCUCGCAAGGUGUUGCCCGAGCUGCUGGGCAUCCUGGGCGCCGGCACCAAGGAGGGCAACGAGUCGGACGACACGCUGGCCAUGGCGUGCCAGACGGCCAACUUCCUGGUAGCCAAGCAGCCCGAGAGCGGAAAGCGUCUGCUCAACGGCGGAUUGAUCAACUCGCUCACCGAGCUCAGCCAAAACAAAUAUUUCCCCAAAUCCAGCAAGGCGGCCUCUGUGUUCCUAUACCACUUGUGGUCCGACAAGGAGAUCCAAAGCCUCCUGAAGAAGCAAGGGUUGAACAAGUCGUCGUUUAUCAACGACGUCACCGCGGCGGCCCACAAGUCGCUUCAAGUGAUCGAAUAGGACGCGGGGGCCCCACCCACAUCACGUGCGUUGACAAGCUUUUAUCAUUGUGUGUUUUUUAAACCCCUUUUGAAAUUGCAUUAAUUUGUGAGCCAUUUUUUUGAAAGCGAGUGUCAAUAAAGUUUUCGGGGUCAGGGGGUCAAACGCCAUUUAUUGAGUGUAAUUCGUCGUGACUCCCAAAAGCAAAGAAAAACACUUGUUUAAGCUCCACCAUCUUUGUUGAGUGGUUGUGACCUUAGCUUACUAUUUUGUCAUUUAAUUAGGUACAAAAUGCAAUAAACCAGUCAUUUUCACAAAAUGGAGCAAAUUAUCUUAUUUUACCAUAAUUUCUCAAGUACAGUAAUUUCCGGCCUACAGAGCGCACCUGGUUAUAAGCCUCACCCAGUACACUUGUAAAGGAAUUACCAUUUGGUACAUACAUAAGCCGCACCUGUCUAUAAGCUGCAUGUGCCCACACUGAAACACAAGAUA